GCCGGGGGCCAGCCCGGGGGGCGAGGGGCUGGCGGGGUCCAUGUGAGCCCCGAGCCCACCUCCACGCCAGCGGCUCCGCGCGCUGGGCAGGCUCGACGGCCGGCUAUGGGGAAGGCCGCUGGCCGGAAAGCGCCGCUGUGGCUGCGGGCGAAGUUUCAGAGACUCUUAUUUAAGCUGGGCUGCUACAUUCAGAGGAACUGCGGCAAGUUCUUGGUGGUGGGCCUCCUCAUCUUCGGGGCCUUCGCCGUGGGGCUGAAGGCGGCCAACCUGGAGACCGACGUGGAGGAGCUGUGGGUGGAAGUUGGUGGACGAGUGAGUCGGGAGUUAAAUUACACUCGCCAGAAGAUUGGAGAAGAGGCGAUGUUCAACCCUCAGCUCAUGAUCCAGACCCCGAGAGAAGAAGGUGCCAACAUCCUGACCACAGAAGCGCUACGGCAGCAUCUGGACUCCGCGCUCCAGGCCAGCCGGGUCCAUGUGUACAUGUACAACAGGCAGUGGAAAUUGGAACAUUUGUGUUUCAAAUCUGGAGAACUCAUCACAGAGACAGGCUAUAUGGAUCAGAUAAUAGAAUAUCUUUACCCUUGCUUAAUUAUUACACCAUUGGACUGCUUCUGGGAAGGGGCGAAACUACAAUCCGGGACAGCAUAUUUACUGUAA